AUGGCGCAGUCGAGAGGAAUGCUUGUACCAGCCCCAGGACCGCUGGAGCUACAAGCUAAUGACUUGGAAAAUAAGUCAAAUAAAAUUAAAACUGCAAUAUUACAUUCUUUUAUUUUAUAUAGUGUUUUAAUGUAUGAUUGUAAGAAAUGUGGUCGACAUCAUGGUCCUAGGAGUUGUCCAGCUUUCAAUCAAAAAUGUAAGAUAUGUUUAAAAUUUGGUCAUUUUACUGUAAGAUGUAAGGCAAGAAUUGUUAAAGAUAAGAGUAAUUUUAAUAAUAAUGUAAAUGAUAAUAGACAGAGUUUUGUUAGAGAAUCUUGGUCAGAAAAUAUAAUUCUAGUUAAUAAUGUUAUUAAGUUUAAGCUUGAUACAGGUUCUGAUAUGAAUGUUUUACCUUUGAAGCUUGAGUGUAAAGUUGAACCAUUAUUAGGGUUAAUUGACUGUAUGGAAUUAGAUUUAAUUAAAAGAGUAAGUGACGUUCAGUUAAAAGAAAAAUAUUCAGACAAAGAGCAAUUUAUAAAAGAAAAUGAGAGUGUGUUUCAGGGCUUGGGUAAGUUUGGUGAGGAAUAUACUAUUAGGUUAAUGGCAGAUUACCAAUGUACAAUUAAGCCACCACGUAGAGUACCUCAAUCUAUUCUUAAAAAGUUAGAUCAUACUCUGAAAUCAUUGUGUGAUAAGGGAAUAAAGUCAUUUGCUNCCAAUGAUAUAUUAAUAGUUGGUAGUAAUGAAAAAGAACAUGAUGAGGCGCUAGAAGAAGUAAUAAACAAAGCAAAAGAAUUGAAUGUUAAGUUUAAUCCAGAAAAAGUACAGUAUAGACAAAAGGAAAUAAAGUAUUUAGGAAUGAAAUUUAAUAAUGAGGGAGUUAAGCCAGAUGAAAGUCAAAUAGAAGCUAUAAAAAAUUUAAAGGAGCCAAAAAAUAAAAUAGAGUUGCAACGCAUACUAGGUAUGUGUAAUUAUCUAAGAGAAUUCAUACCAAACAUGUCUAAAGUAACAUCAACUUUAAGGGAGUUGUUAAAAAAAAAUAUAAUAUGGUUGUGGACUCAACAUCAUUCUAAUGCAUUAAAUGAAUUAAAGACACUAAUUACUAAUGCCCCAGUUUUAUCAAAUUUUAAUCCUAAUCUUCCUAUUAUUAUACAAACAGAUGCUUCAAGUACAGGAGUAGGUUGUUGUUUAUUACAACAAAAUACACCAGUUGCAUUUGCUUCAAAAAGUCUUAAUGAUACGGAAAAAAAUUAUCCUCAAAUAGAAAAGGAAAUGUUAGUUUUUGUUUGUAAAAAGUUUCACAAUUUUAUUUAUGGUUAUAAGGUAAUUAUACAGACAGAUCAUUCUCCUCUGGUAUCUAUAUGUAAAAAAAAUUUAUGUCAAAUUACAUCAAAUAGAAUACAAAAAAUGAGACUUAAGUUAAUGUUGUAUGAUUUAGAAUUGACUUAUUUGCCUGGUAAAUAUAUGUAUGUAGCGGACUUGUUAUCUAGAAAUCAUAGUAGCGAGACAUAUAAUGAGAUUGACAUAAAAGGUACUAUACAUUUUGUUAAUAGUGAAAAUAGUUUAACUAAAAGUGAGUUAUAUGAGGAAACAGCAAAAGACUCAGUUUUAAAACAAGUACUUGAACUUAGUAAAGAGUGGCCCAAUAGUAAAGAGCAUGUGUCUGUAAAAAUAAGGCACUAUUGGAAUUUAAGAAAUGACAUAUUAAGUGAUUCAGGUAUCAUAUUUUUUAAAGACCGUAUAGUAGUUCCUUCUGUUUUAAGAGGUAAAGUGUUAAAGGCAUUACACAUUGAUCAUAAAGGCAUAGUAAAAUCUAAAUUAAGAGCCAAAGAAGUAUUUUAUUGGCCAGCCAUGUCUAAUGAAAUUGAAAACUUUAUUGUAAAAUGUAAGAUAUGUGAAAAAUAUAGAGUGUCUAAUAUAAAAGAGCCAUUAAUAGGUCAAAAUAUACCUGAUUUACCAUUUGAACAAGUAGAGUUUAGACAGUUUGCAAAACUUAACAAUAUAGAAAUGCGCUACAGUAGUCCGCAUUACCCUAGAAGUAAUGGGCUAGCUGAAAGAACUGUACAAAUAGGUAAAAUGUUACUUAAGAAAAUGGAUAAAUCUAGUCUUGAGAAUCAAUUAUUAGAAUAUAGUGUAACACCAAUACCGUCAAUAGGUUUAGCACCUUGUCAACUACUAAUGGGUAGAUUAUUAAAGACUGCAUUACCAAUUCAUACAAAUAAAUUAGUUCCUAAAGUGCCAAGUGAUAUCUAUGAUAAAUUAUGUGAAAAUAAAUUGAAGUAUAAAAUGUAUUAUGAUAGAAAUACUAAAGAGAGAGAUAGUUUUGUGAUAGGACAAAAUGUAUCAAUGCAAAAAGGCAAAGAGUGGGUGAAAGGAGUUACAGUAAAAGAAGCUGAACCCAGAUCUUAUAUUAUAAGGGAUGAUAGAGGUAGUCAGUACAGGAGAAAUUCAUUUAACUUAAAAAAAAUCUGA